AUGAUGUCCUAUAUGAAGCAGCCUCAUUACGCAGUCAAUGGGUUAACCCUAGCGGGACCGGGCAUGGACCUGCUCCACUCCGCCGUGGGAUACCCAAGUAAGUGGGCUUCGUGCGAUGCGGCCACCCCGCGGAAGCAGCGGCGCGAGCGGACGACUUUCACGAGGGCCCAACUGGACAUUCUGGAGGCGCUUUUCGCUAAGACCCGCUACCCCGACAUCUUCAUGCGGGAGGAGGUAGCGCUCAAGAUCAACCUGCCGGAGUCCCGGGUGCAGGUUUGGUUCAAGAACCGACGGGCCAAAUGCCGCCAGCAGCAGCAGCAGAGCAGCGGCCAGGCUAAGGCGCGCCCGGCCAAGAAGAAGAGCUCGCCGGCCCGGGAGACCAGCUCGGAAACCAGCACCAACGGGCAGUACAGCCCCCCGCCCGCCGGCACCUCGGGCACCCCCAGCUCCACGGCCAGCGCCACCGUCUCCAUCUGGAGCCCGGCCUCCAUCUCCCCCAUCCCCGACCCCCUGGCCUCCUCGGCCACCCCCUGCAUGCAGCGCUCUGCCGCCUACCCGAUGACCUACACCCAGGCCGCCGGCUACCCCCAGAGCUACGCUGGCUCCUCCUCCUACUUCACCGGCCUGGACUGCGGCUCCUACCUCUCGCCCAUGCACCCGCAGCUCUCCGCCCCCGGCGCCGCCCUGAGCCCCAUCGCCGCCCCGGCCAUGGGCAGCCACCUCAGCCAGUCCCCGGCCUCCCUGUCCAGCCAGGGCUUCGGCACGGCCGGCCUGAGCUUUGGCUCGGUGGAUUGCUUAGACUACAAGGAUCAGACGGCCUCUUGGAAACUCAACUUCAACGCCACGGACUGCUUGGAUUACAAAGAUCAGAGCUCCUGGAAGUUCCAGGUCUUGUGA